AUGCCUGGAGUAAAUGGAGUACUAGAUCAUAUGAGGGCCUUCGUUAAAUCUGUUCUUUCUGGUGCUUGGAAAGGCUAUACUGGGAAGACUAUCACGGAUGUUGUCAACAUUGGUAUAGGUGGCUCCGACUUGGGUCCUGUGAUGGUAACUGAGUGCCUAAAACCGUAUUCCGCCGGAUUAAAGGUGCAUUUUGUGUCUAAUAUUGACGGGACUCAUCUCGCCGAGGUGCUUAAAAAAGUUAAUCCAGAGACAGUAUUGUUCAUUGUUGCUUCUAAGACUAAGCUUAUAAAACUUCUAUAG